AUGGCUAAAGUUAAAGGUUAUCAUCAGAUAAACAUAACGCAAGGCACCGGUCCUGAAAGCAUUGCAUUUGAUUGUAAGGGCGAAGGUCCUUAUGUUGGUAUUUCGGAUGGAAGAGUCCUAAAAUGGAAAGGAUCGAAAUUUGGGUGGACGGAAUUUGCUAUCAGUUCACCAUUUAGGAAAAGGAGUUUGUGUGAUGGAUCGACAAAUUCCAAUCUUGAACCCUUAUGUGGGAGACCAUUAGGUUUAAAGUUCAACACCGAAACAUGUCGUUUAUAUAUAGCUGAUGCCUACUUUGGUUUAUCGGUCGUUGGACCAUACGGUGGCGUAGCUAAAAGAUUGGCUAUCUCAGCCGAAGGAAUUCCGUUUAGAUUCACAAACGGGAUUGAUAUCGAUAUAAAUACUGGGAUGAUCUAUUUCACUGAUAGCAGUAUUAUCUUUCAAAGAAGGGAUGUUGAUUCUUUGUUAAGGUCAACUGAUAGAACUGGAAGACUCCUAAAAUAUGAUCCAUAUACAAGAAAGGUGUAUGUAUUAUAUGAUGGCUUAGUUUUUCCGAAUGGAGUGGCUCUGAGUAUGAACAGAUCUUUUGUUUUAGUGGCCGAAUCAACAAGAAUGCGGAUUCUGAAGUUUAACCUCGGAGGUGAAGAAAAAAUAGAAAGCAAUGCUCCUGAAGUAUUCGCUGAACUACCUAGGGUUCCAGAUAAUAUAAAGAGAAACGAAAAUGGUGAAUUCUGGGUAGCCCUUAAUACAGGAAGAUCAGGAACAGCUCCAAAUGAUAUUCCAGAUCCGAUUGCAAUAAAAUUUAACCAAGAAGCUAAAGUUUUGAAGCGUUUGGACGGGAAUGGUGCAAUUGCUUUCAACUCAAUCAGUGAAGUUAAAGAGUUUAAAAGCAAAUUGUACAUCGGAUCUGUUACAAAACCUUAUGUUAGCAUUCUGGAUGUUUAA